AUGGCCCUUCUGUCGCGGCCCUCCCUCCGCGGCUCUGUGCGACGGGCCGACAGUCCCCUGAAACCCACCAGAGACCGUCGCAAGAGCUCCCCAGACUGUCUGGACACCACCGUCGAUGAACAAGCCCGGACCAGUCCUCUGAAGUCGCGACGCACUCAACGACGUACUUCCUCCUCCUCUAUCAACACCAUCGCAUCCGUGGGACAAUUGGCAACCCCAGCCACCCGGAACGGAAAUGGCAAGAGUCGCGCCCAUCGCGAUACCACAACGCCCACCGCGGACCUACUACGUGGGGUUCAUGAGUCGCCUGACCCGCUUGAUACAAUAUCUCCUGCGCCAAAGCAGCGCAAUCUCGCUCCUGCGAUCCCUGACGAUGUCCGGCCCCCUGCUUCCCCAGUGAAACGCCCUCGUCGCAACGAUCUGCCGCGCGGGGACGGCGCGUCCGCCACGCCAGAUCACAAAAGUGACGCGGAACAGACUGGCGAGAAGAGCACUGGACGACGGUCGCUCCGUUCGACCGAUACUGGAUCGCGAUGCAAAAGCGAGCUCGCGCAGUACUUCCAUAACUACGAACAGAUCAUCAGUCUGUCGGACCCUGAGCCUGAAUUUCUCGCAGCAAAAACCACCCUCACCCUCAUAGACGACCUCCCUCGACCCCUCCCAACUCCUCCGCAUAAUCCCACACCCUUCGGAAAUCCACUUCUCAACCCCUACGGCUGUGAAAAGCUCGCACUCCCCAACCCUCCCCCCGAUCCUUCCGCCACAGAUCCCCUCUCAGAAGAGACGUAUUUCCGUGCCCACCGAAAAUUCGAAAGGCAAGAAAAGCAAUUGCGCAACAUCGAGCGUAAUCGUGCGCAACAUGAGCAACAAGUUCUGGAGCGUCUGCUGGACGAGCUUCGAGGCCACGAAUGGCUACGCACCAUGGGCCUCCCGAACGUACACGAGCCAGAGAAGAAGAACUACGAGCCCAAGCGUGAGAUCCUCAUCCAAGAGCUAGUCACGCUAGUCAACAAAUUCCAGGCCUGGAAGGAUGAAGAAAGACGCCGCCGGCUCGACAAAGAGAAACCGGAUGAGUCCGGGCCCCGCAAACAUUCCCGCGUGGAAGAUGAUAGUUCACCGGCACCCGCUGACCUGCAAAGUACUCCUGACCCCAACGACGUGGAUGCCCUAGCUGCUAGGCAAUUGCAUCAGGAGGCACGCUCGGCUGGGGCAAAAUCGCGGAAGCGAAAGUCGACAAAGUCGACGGCCGCCGAGGAGGAGCCCAAACCAAGUCCAAAGCGCAAAAAGCCAGACACGACCACUGAGUCAAAGCCUCCCGCGGCUCCAGUUCCCCCGAAGAACCUCAAACAAGCCUCCCUCUCCCUGUUCUGGGCCCCAGCACCCCGCGAAGGCCCCUUUACGUCCUUCUUUCGCCAGCGCCAUGUCCGCGAUGCAGCGAUAGCUGCAGCAAAAGGGAUCCGACGCAGUGGAUCGCGUUCGUCGCUGGCAUUUGGACAUCCGGUGCCUGAGGUACCUGAGGUGGAGUUCGAGUUACCUGGGGAAAUACUGACCGAAGAGGCUAUUCUUCAGUCACAGCGGAAGAGAAGAAGGCUGAAGAGGAAAAGCCAGGGAUGA